GCUCUGCGGGAGCAACAAAUUAUUAACCAACAAACAGCCACGAUCGGUUUGGCAUGGAGAAGAAGGAGCGCCUGGCGGUCUACGACUGCGACAUCGGAACGGACGAUGCCUGGGGCCUGGCCAUGAUGCUGCGGGCAGAGGAGCUGACGCUACCCGGCGGCAGGAGCAUCAAAGUGGUGGCCAUCACCAGCGUUCAGGGCAACACUGACGUGGUCAAUGGCACCCUGAACGCCCUGCGGGUGCUCCAUACGCUGGACAGGCGGGAUGUGCCCGUAUUUAAGGGCUGCGCCAAUCCCAUUGUGCCGCGUACUUGGAGCUACACCUACCGUUUCCAUGGUAUGGACGGCUUCAACGACGUGGGCGACUAUCCGGCGGUGGACGCGGACAAGGAGGUGCAGCCGGAGCACGCCGUCAAUGCCAUGUAUCGCCUGGCCUGCCAGCAUCCCGGACAAGUGGACUUCCUGCUAUGCGGGCCGCUCACGAACUUUGCCAACUGCAUUAACCUGUAUGGCGACGCCUUUCUGGACAAGAUCGGUGGGGUGUACAUCAUGGGCGGCAACAUCCAGGGCAAGGGCAACGUCACCAAGAGCGCCGAGUUCAACUUCAUGAUGGAUCCCGAGGCGGCGCACAUAUCUCUGGCCCACUUGAGGCAGCCGGCUCUAGUCCUGCCCUGGGAGACGUGCAUCGAUGGCGAGUUUGGAAUAACCCUCGACUGGCGACUGAACGUACUGGGAGCGGUCCGCCAUCCGUUUGUGGAGCUGCUCAACAGAGCAGAGCGAUCAAUGCUGGUGCCGCGCGGCUUUGUGAAGUGGAUCAGCUGCGAUUCCUUGCUCACGGCCGCCUAUCUGUUCCCCGAGGCAAUGAUCCUCGACCAGAGGGAGUACUAUGCCGCCGUGGAGCUGAGCGGGGAGCAUACCCGCGGCCAGAUGGUGCUGGAUCACCUGCGUGGCCGCAAGGUGGAUGCCAUUCACGGCAAGCAGAGCAAUGUGCGGGUCAUCAGACGUCUGAAUGGCGAGCCCUUUCGCACGAUUAUCGCCUGGACGGGAUUCCUGCCGGAGACGGAUAUAGCACAGCUGUGCUAGGAACCUCUAGGAACCUUUAUAGAUAUAGGGGAAAUUAUGUAAAAGAACAAAUUGAACGAACUGUAAUCUCUGGUUGAGCCAUUCCUCUGAUCUAAUCAGAGUUUAUGGUUAGAUAAGGCAUCAGGCGAGAUUAUACGAAGACUUUUAUUUGAA